AAUGUCAACACGGGUGAGCUAGCAGCAAUUAAAGUAAUAAAACUAGAACCAGGAGAAGAUUUUGCUGUUGUGCAGCAGGAAAUCAUUAUGAUGAAAGACUGUAAACAUCCAAACAUUGUUGCUUAUUUUGGCAGCUAUCUCAGACGAGACAAGCUAUGGAUUUGCAUGGAAUUUUGUGGAGGUGGCUCUCUACAGGAUAUUUAUCAUGUGACUGGACCACUUUCAGAACAGCAGAUUGCCUAUGUUAGCAGAGAAACACUACAGGGACUAUAUUAUCUUCACAGUAAAGGAAAAAUGCACAGAGAUAUAAAGGGAGCAAACAUUCUUUUAACAGAUAAUGGACAUGUAAAAUUAGCUGAUUUUGGAGUAUCUGCCCAGAUAACAGCUACAAUUGCCAAAAGGAAAUCGUUCAUUGGCACCCCGUAUUGGAUGGCACCAGAAGUUGCUGCAGUAGAAAGAAAAGGUGGCUAUAACCAACUCUGUGAUCUGUGGGCAGUUGGAAUAACUGCUAUAGAGCUUGCUGAACUGCAGCCUCCAAUGUUUGACCUACAUCCAAUGAGAGCACUUUUUCUAAUGACAAAAAGCAACUUUCAGCCUCCUAAAUUAAAGGACAAAAUGAAAUGGUCCAACAGUUUCCAUCAUUUUGUUAAAAUGGCACUUACAAAAAAUCCUAAAAAAAGACCUACAGCUGAAAAGUUACUACAGCAUCCAUUUGUUACUCAGCCAUUAAAUCGAAGUCUUGCUAUUGAACUUUUGGAUAAAAUGAAUAAUCCUGAUCAUUCCACUUACCAUGAUUUUGAUGAUGAUGAUCCUGAGCCUCUUGUAGUGCCACAUAGAAUUCAUUCGACAAGUAGAAAUGUGAGAGAAGAAAAGACACGCUCUGAAAUAAACUUUGGUCAAGUAAAAUUUGAUCCACCCUUGAGGAAAGAGACAGAGCCACAUCAUGAGUUUCCUGACAGUAGUGAUUUUUUGGACUAUUCAGAAGAAGUAUACUACACUGCAAGAUCUAACCUGGAUCUACAGCUGGAAUAUGGUCAUGGUCCUCAGUGUGGCUACUUCUUGGGUGCAAAUAAGAGUCUCUUAAAAUCAGUUGAAGAAGAACUGCAUCAGCGGGGACAUGUGGCACAUUUAGAAGAUGAUGAUGAUGCAGAUGAAGAUGCAAAACAUGCUACUAUGAAACCUAAAGUGCCACCUCCAUUACCACCAAAGCCUAAAUCCAUCUUUAUCCCCCAAGAAGCUCAUUCUUCUGAAAAUGAUAAUCAAAGGACAAUCAAAAGAUGCCCAACAUCAGAGAGUCCAGCAAAAUCCGUAUCUCAGGUUCCACCCAGACCACCACCUCCCCGGUUACCUCCACAGAAAUCUAAUGCUUUAGGUAAUGGAGUCACUUCUAUACAAUUAAAUGGUGAAAAAGAGGGAUCACCGCAUCAACAGAACGAAGCUAGAGAUGUUAGUUUUUCAAGGAAAGAGAAGAAGGAAAUUCUGAAACCAAUUAGUAACGGCCUUCCUCCCACACCUAAAGUACACAUGGGUGCUUGCUUUUCAAAGGUUUUCAAUGGCUGUCCUUUAAAAAUUCAUUGUGCAACAUCAUGGAUUAAUCCAGAUACAAGAGAUCAGUACUUGAUAUUUGGUGCAGAAGAAGGUAUCUACACACUGAACCUCAAUGAACUUCAUGAAACAUCCAUGGAGCAGCUUUUCCCUCGAAGGUGUACAUGGUUGUAUGUCAUGAACAAUUGCUUGUUAUCAAUAUCUGGUAAAGCUUCUCAGCUUUAUUCUCAUAAUCUCCCAGGACUCUUUGAUUAUGCAAGGCAAAUGCAAAAGUUACCAGUUGCAAUUCCAGCACAUAAACUCCCUGACCGAAUACUUCCCAGGAAGUUUGCAGUGUCUACAAAGAUUCCUGACACUAAAUGGUGUCAGAAGUGUUGUGUUGUGAGGAAUCCCUACACUGGCCACAAGUACCUUUGUGGAGCACUACAGUCUAGCAUUGUUUUGUUAGAAUGGGUUGAGCCAAUGCAAAAAUUUAUGUUAAUCAAGCACAUAGAUUUUCCUGUACCUUGUCCACUGAGAUUGUUUGAAAUGCUGGUAGUCCCUGAGCAGGAAUUCCCCUUAGUUUGUGUUGGUGUCAGUAGAGGAAGAGACUUCAACCAGGUGGUGAAGUUUGAGACUGUCAACCCAAAUUCUACCUCUUCAUGGUUUACAGAAACAGACACUACAGAGACAAGUGUGGUGCAUGUAACGCAGCUGGAGAGAGAUACCAUUUUGGUGUGUCUGGAUUGCUGCAUAAAAAUAGUGAAUCUGCAAGGGAGGUUAAAAUCCAGCCGCAAACUGUCAUCGGAGCUCACGUUUGAUUUUCAAAUUGAAUCAAUAGUGUGUCUACAAGACAGUGUGUUAGCGUUCUGGAAACACGGCAUGCAAGGAAGGAGUUUUAGAUCAAAUGAGAUCACACAAGAAAUUUCUGAUAAUACGAGGAUAUUCAGGCUUCUGGGAUCUGACAGGGUUGUAGUGCUGGAGAGUAGGCCGACGGAUAACCCAACAGCCAACAGCAAUUUGUAUAUCCUAGCAGGGCAUGAGAACAGUUACUGAGAACUGGUGGCAGGGAGCUCACCAUGAGAACACUCCUGCUGCUGCAGCAUUCCUGGCUGGCUGAAAUUGCACAAAAGCUGCAGUAACCCAACUUCAGUUACUUUGUAUUUUAUUGUGGCAUGAGACGAAGAUGAGACUUGUUUGUGGUAUGGACACGUAAGCAUUAUGAUACCACAGAAGUGCUUAAUUUACUGUUAUGUAAUCUUUGUACAUAUGCAGUAUUUUUCAGUGAAACUUCUUGCUGAAGACCUACACUGACUUUAUCUGUAGAUAGUGGUCCUCCUGUUAAGUACAAGUAUCUUCUAACCUGUACAGAUGUAAAAGGCACUGAGGAUGCAACUGAAAUUGGGGUACUAUUUUAAGGACUUCUCGUGUUUAUUAUAAAGUGGGACGCUAGCAACAAAUAUAAGUACAUUUAACAACACUAUUGUAUUUUAUUAUAUGUAAUUUACUAAUACAAAUACAUCUUAAGUUUUAGAAAUUG